GCUCCCGGCUCGCCUCCGUUGGCUGCGGUGCAGAGCCAGCCCCGCGGGAGAGGAGCAGGCGGGGCCCCUGCAGCCCGCUGGGUGUUUGCACGUGCAGCCAUGGAGGGCGCGGCCGGGCCGGCCCGCAGCCUGCAGGACGAGCUGACCUGCCCCGUGUGCCUGGAGUACCUGCGGGACCCGGUCAUGAUCUCGGACUGCGGCCACAACUUCUGCCGCGCCUGCGUCACCAAGUGCUGGGAGGAAUCGGAGCGCAGCCUGUGCUGCCCCCAGUGCCGGGAGCCGGUGCCCCAGCGCCUCUUCCGGCCCAACCGGCAGCUGGCCAACAUCGUGGAGAUCGUCAAGCACUUCGGGGCGCAGGCGCCGGCCGGGCCGGGGGUGUGCGAGCGCCACGGGGAAGCCCUGAAGCUCUUCUGCCAGGAGGACCAGAAGCCCGUCUGCCUGGUUUGCCACCUGUCCUGGGACCAUCGAGCCCACCGGGUGGUGCCCAUAGAGGAGGCCGCCCGGGGCUGUAAGGAGGCACCACAAGAGCAUCUGGCAGGUCUGAGAAAAGACAGAGAAGAAGCCAAAGCCAACGAGGAGAAGAGAAGUGAGGAGCUGCUGAAACAGACAGAAGCUGAGAGACAGAAGAUCCUCUCUGAGUGUAAGGAGCUGCGUGGGUUCCUGGAGGAGAAGGAGCAGUUCCUGCUGUCCCGGCUGGAAGCGCUCGAUGGAGACAUUGCUCAGAGAAGAGAUGAGAGUGUCUCGAAACUCUCAGAAGAAAUUUCCCACAUUGAUAAACUGAUUACUGAGAAGGGAGGAGAGACAGAGCAGCAGCCGAUGAGCCAGUCCCCGCAGGGUGGUGGCGGCAGCAUGAUCGGCAGCGAGAACUGGACGUUUCAGAAGCCGGAGCCUGCAUUUGCAGAGCUGGAAAAAAGACUCAGGAGUUUCUCUCAGAAAAGCGCCGUCCUGAAGGAAGUCCUGCUGGAGUUCAAAGAAAAUCUGCGCUUCGAGCUGGAGAACGACACAGCCGAUAUAACUCUAGACCUGGACACCGCAAACCCCUAUCUGGUGCUGUCUGAGGAUAAGCGCAGCGUGAGGCUGAGGAGCGCCCCGCAGGAUGUGCCGGCCAGCCCCAAGAGAUUCGAUUUCUCCUUCUCUGUCCUGGGGGCUGAGGGCUUCACAUCAGGGAGGCACUACUGGGAGGUGGAAGUGGGGGACGGGGACAGCUGGGCCGUGGGAGCUGCCAGGGAGUCGGUGAGGAGGAAGGAGAAGAUCGACUUCACGCCCGAGGAGGGGAUCUGGGCGGUGGGGCUGAAUUGGAAGGGCAAGAACUGGGACCAAUACCAGGCUUUCACCUCCCCUGAGACUCCCCUGUCCCUCUGUGAGAGGCCCAGGAAGAUCGGGGUCUACCUGGACUACGAAGGGGGGUGGGUGGCGUUCUACAACGCUGAUAACAUGGCCCCCAUCUUCACCUUCACAGCCGCCUUCUCGGAGAAAAUAUUCCCUUUCUUCUGGCUCUUCUACGUGGGCUCCUCCCUCACACUUUGCAACUGACACGCCUGGCCUGGUUUGUUCCUUAAGGGGACCUGCAAAGGGUGGGGGUCCUGCCCCUCUGUUCUUUGUUGUUGUUGGGUUUGGAUUUGUUUGUUUUUUGCUGCUUUCUGAAGUAUAAAGAGAGCCUGAAAGGUUGAAAUGAUCUCCCCCCCCCCACCAAAAAAAACCAAACAACAAACGUUUAUCUUCUCGUUACACUAGAAAUUCAGAGCUUGUCUACCCUGGAAAACACUAUGGUCCGCUGAGAAUCUCAGCUUAGAUGCUGAGGAGCACAAGUUGUAUUGCCUUUCAGUGAGACUUGUGCUCCUAAGUGAUUUUUGGAUGGUUUUUAAACACCCCCCGGUCUGUCUUGGAAGACUAUAGCUCACUGGAGACCUGGCAGCCAUACCAAAGAACCUGCUUGAGAUGAAGUGAAUUAUUUUAUUCAGGCAGGUUAAUUUUUUUUAAACACCCCACGAACUCAGUUGCCCCACACACCCUUGGGAGAAAAGCUCUCUGUUAAUGAUUCACCACUCCUGCCUGCUCAUUUGAGCACCUAAUCCACAUCUCUGAGACCUCCAGUGAGUCUGCCAGAGAAGACCAGACUUGAUUGUCCUGAUGGCUCAGUGGUAAAUCAAGCUGCAUGGGGGAAGAAGGCAUAAUCAGCUGGGCGUUUUUUGUUUUUGCUCUUUGCAGGUCAUCUUUUGCGAAUGUAGCUGCUCCCAUUCCCUCUCCCUUUCCUCCCCAGCCUUAGCAGUAGGACGCUUUAUCUCAUAACACAAUGUUAUUCCUUCUCCUGGCCACUAGCACGUAAUGGGGUAAAAUCUGCUUACCCCUUCUGUUGCUUUCCCUAUGUCGUCAAAUACGUAGUGAGCAUUAUAGGGUUGCCCUUGAUGUUGGUGUUUUGGGGCCAUAUUGAGGCGGCCGGAAGCCCAGGGCCCUCGGUUUUGCUCAGACUUGUCGGGCAUGAGCUGUAGCUGACCUGAAGGCUUGGGGGUGGGGGAGUCUGCGAUUACGUGCUGAUCCACUGGUGAAUGGAGUCUAGAGGCCACGUCCUGGAGCUGCAUGUGAGAUAAGCAAGGAUAGUUGAACCCAGAGGGUUCCCAUUGAGCCCAGUGGGGUUGGAUGAUGGUUUUGAGUUACACUAGCACAACUGCAAGUUACAGCAGUUUGGAGUUACUCCAGUGUCAAUUGAGAGCAGACUCCAGGAGUCAGUCCAGAUCUGAUUCCCGCCCUAAACCCCACUGAUUUCAGGAGUUGCCCUGGUUUAACACAGAUUCCACACUGUAAAGUUAACCAGAGGGGUUUUCCAUCGGCUUGUAUCUAACUCCAGCCUAGCAUUCACACUAGCCUCUUUAACCCAUCAGUGCUGUGUGUCUCUGAACUCUCGGUUUCAUAGGAAAAUAAAAGUCACUGUGCAAACAG